ACCAAAUCUUGCAAUUUGAUGGUAAAGCUGUUAACACAGGAACGCUUGUGUGGUAUUUGUUUAAUGUAUACUUAUACGACAGACCGUGAAGGAUAUGCUAGGCUAGACAUAGACAGCAUAAUAGAGAUUGUCUUUGAAGAAUUGAGGCAGAUGAUGAAGACAGGCGAUCCAGAGUUUAACAUUCCUGUCCUUGAUCCGUAUGAAUUUGAAUAUACGCACGUGGAUUUAUCAGGAAGUACUUUCAGCCUAAGUGCCAAUAUUACGGAGGGAAUUUUCUCAGGCGCAAGCGGUUUUCAAAUUAACCAGUUUAACAUUUUUAAGAAUGAACUGGCCUUGGAAUGUGAAAUUCAUUUCCCGACUCUAAACUUCUCUUCUGGAUACUAUGAGAUGGAAGGAAACAUAAAGGAGGCAAUUCCGUUGGCAGGCAAAGGAAUUAUACACGUAGAAGUUUACGAUUUCAACCUCCGAAGCAAGAUUUAUUUCAAACGUACAGAUGAUGGAAAAUCGAUACUUGUAGACAGAUUUGAGAAGCCUCAAUUCUCCAUCAGGCAUAUUGUUAGCAAAACUACUUACGACGAGAACAUCGAUGACAUUGCAAACGCUAUGGUUGAGGACCUCCUUGCUGGUUACAUAAACCGUUUCAACAGAUAUUUGGCAGAGACUUUUAGUGGCCCCAUCAUCGAAGCCCUGAAUUCGGUCCUGGGAAAAUUUUCCUCGGCAAAUAUUUCAUUCCUUUAAAUUCGACAACAUAUGUUGUUGUAUAACAUUACAAAACCACUGCCCUAUUUUUCCUAAAAAAGUAUCAUGGAAAAUGCUGCACCGACAAGAGCGUGGCUCUUAAAUUGAUUAUGAUGAACAUUACAAAAUUAUUAUAUAAGUUUGUUAUUUGUUUAUUUAAAAUGAAUAUUGGGGAAAUAAUCAUGUCUAUAUUGCUAUUAUAUACCUAUCUAACUAUAUACAGUUUAUCUAAUUUUAAUGUUAAAAUAAUUAUCUACAUCCUCUUAUGAAUAUUGACCGGUAAAUACAUAGCAAUGUUUGACUGAAUUCAAAUAGAAGUUACUUGCGCAAGUUUCAGUUGUAUAUUAUUUAUAAAACUGUAUAACCAUUAUAUUCCUAAACAUAUGUACACAAAAAUAACACAAACUAGGUAUCAAUAAUAAUCAAGAUAUCGUCAACUAAAUAACAGAUUAAUUAUACGAAGAU